AUGUUAAAAAAGAGGGCAGUAGCCCUCAUUUCAAGAAAGUACAAGUCACAAGAUAUAGAAGAAGAUAAGGAACAAAAGAAAAAAAUGAGUAAGAUACAUAAUACUAGAGCUAAAAGUAGAGAAACCAAAAGCUCAAGCAAGGAAGAGAAACUUGCAUUAGAACCAUCAAGUUCUAUAUGUAGUGAAAUGAACUCUACAAGCACAGACUGGGCAAAGAUUCUAGAAUGUGAAAAUACAGUAUAUAUUACAAAUGUUUUAAGCACAGAUGCAAAAAACUUUGCCACGUCAAACAAGGAUAAUUCCACGGCCUUGUCUAUGGAAAGUGACGAAUUAUCACAUAAUCUGCAAGAAGGCGCAACUAGUCUUAAUAAAAGUACAAACAAGAAAGCCAAUAUUAAUACAAAGAAUAAUAAUGCUUUAAUGUUUGACAUUCAAUGUCUCAAAGAUAUCUCUAUCAAUGAAAUAGUUGCUAUGCUUUAUAGUAAAAUCGGAACAGAUUUUAUUAGUGCAAAACCACAUUUUGUCAAAGGGACCUAUUCUUAUCUUGAACUGAUCUUUGCUAAAAACAUUAGACUCAGAAAAGUAUCUAUCGCUAAGAGAGAAGAAAUCUCAAAAGAAAUCCAAGAGGUUUUUAGAAAUAUUGGUACAAUUUUGGCCAUAAAACCUCUUUUAUAUGAAGGCACACCAAUACAAUCGGAUCAAUGGGUUGUGAAAGCUCCAAAGCUUUGUUUCUUCUGUAAUGGUAAAGGUCAUUUAAAAAAAGACUGUGAACAAUUGAAGGCCACUAAAAUAUUAAAUCAAUAUUACAAGCAAUUCAAAGAAAAUAAAAAUAAGAGAGUUGAAAUAACAAAAACAAUAAACAACAAGCUAGCAUUAGAAGGUAACACUGGAGAAGAGAGAUUGAAUGAGAAUACUCUAGUACCUAAUCUGCAAAAUUCAUUACCAAUGGAUACUGAUAUGGAAAUGAAAGCAACAGAAUUAUCAGAUGAAGCAGAAACUAAGCAAAUAGUAAUAAAUAAUAUACACACAACAAAAUCAUUAAUUCAAUCUGAGCUAAAGAAUACAAUUUCGAAUCCAGGAGGUUCCGUAUCAAAAGAGAGUAAUGAUACACAAAAAGUAGAAUGCAGAGCUAAUCAGGAUGAUGAGGAUUUCACUGAGGUUAAAAACAAUAAAAAGAAAAGGAGGAAAGUUAAUUUAGGCACAACAAACAAUCACUAA